AUGGCGGCUUCGGCACCCACGCCCAACGCCUUUCCGCCUCACCACGGACAUGGACACACGGCCUCCACAUCGCCCCCUACUUCGGGCUCCUCAUCAUCGUCAUCCACAACCCCGCCCUCAUCGUGGGGCAGCAGCAGCAUCGUCGAUGUCGGGGGGCGCGAUUCGCUCUACUUGUCAUCAUCGCCAGCAUCGCGCGCCUCCCUGCGCUGGUCGCACCAGGAGCUCCGCCCCUCGGCCCAGGCCACCCUCGCUACUCGGCACGCCACCCAGAUCCUGCACGCCCCCGACCACGGCGGCCGCAGCUCCACGUCGGUCGAACUCCGCCAGGGCGAUAGUGAUGGUGAAUCAGAUGAGGCGCUCGGAGACGAAUCCGAGGCAUCAGGGCUUGCAAAUGGAGGAGGAGCCAAGCAGCCGCCGGCACACAUCGUGCGGCGCACGUCAACACUGUUCGAGAAGAAGAAGGCGACGCGUGCGGCGCACAGCCUGACCCUCCCCAGUGCCGGCGGCAAGGUGACGGUGGACGUCGAGGAGCUGGUGGCCGACAUGUGCCACCCGGCCACCGGCGUGCCCGUGCGCGACCGCAAGUGGCGCCUCCGCACCUACCGCAAGUGCUUCGUCGGCUCCGAGGCCGUCGACUGGCUCAUGCUCAAGCUCAAGCUCGACGACCGGUCGGACGCGCUGUCAGUGGGGCAGGAGAUCAUGCGGCUGCAGUACUUCCGCCACGUGGUGGACGACACGCGGCAGUUCGAGGACGGGUUCCUGUUCUACGCGUUCCUGGGCACGGGCAGCACCGUCGAGGAGGCCCUCGCCGUGCGCAGCACCGAGGAGCUGGUGGCCCUCCUGCGCCAGCCCGACUCGGGCCUGCCCGUGCUCGACCGCAAGUGGCACUUCAAGACCUACCCGGCGUGCCUGGUCGGCUCCGAGCUGGUCGACUGGCUCAUGUCCCACCUGCCCCUCCGCUCGCGUAAGGAGGCGGUCCACAUCGGCAACCGCCUUCUUAACGAGGGCUAUCUCGACUCGGUGGUCGAACCGGGCAAGCCCUUCAAGGACCACUUCCUCUUCUACGCCUUCGGGCCGGGACCCUCGUCGUCGUCGUCUUCAUCAUCGUCUCCCUCGUUGUCCCUGUUCUCAUCGUCGGCGUCUUCGAUGUCGUCGUCGUCGCUCACGCUGUCGACGUCGGGCGAGGGCCUGAGUACGCGAAGCGCCGGCGGUGGCGGCGAUGACGAGAGCGAACCGUGCCUGGAGGACUUUGAGCUGCUCAAGGUGCUCGGCGUGGGCGCCUUUGGCAAGGUGCUCAUGGUGCGCCGCAAGAAGACCGGCGCCAUAUACGCCAUGAAGGCCCUCAACAAGAAGGACGUCGCCGGAUCCGAACGCGCGGUGCGCAACCUGAAGGCGGAGAAGAACAUCCUGUGCAACGGUCACCCGUUCCUGGUGCACCUCCACUACUCGUUCCAGACGCCGGAGAAGCUCUAUCUCGUGAUGGACUACAUCGGCGGCGGCGACCUCUUCUUCCACCUCCGGCAGAGGGGCCGAUUUUCGGAGAAGGAGGGCGCGUUCUUUGCGGCGGAGGUGGUGUUGGCGCUGGAGUACCUGCACUCGUACGGCAUCGUCUACCGAGACCUCAAGCCCGAGAACGUGCUCUUCGACAAGGACGGCCACGUGUGCCUCACCGAUUUUGGCAUCAGCAAGGAGAUUGGCGAAGACAAAACAAAGACGUUGUGCGGGACGCCAUCGUACCUGGCGCCCGAGAUUUUGCGCGGGGAGGCCUACGGCGAGUCCGUGGACUGGUGGAGUCUGGGCGUGCUCGUCAAUGAGAUGGUCACCGGACGAAACCCCUUCCGCUCCAAGAAUAUGCACCAGACGAUGCAGUGGAUCAUGCACAAGCAGCUCAGCUUCCCCGACGGGAUCGACGGCAAGACCAUCGACUUCAUCACCAAGCUGCUCAACCGGGAUGCACGCCAGCGCCUCGGCUGUGGCCUCACCGGUGCGCGGGAGGUGAAGCUGCAUCCGUUCCUGAAGCACAUCGACUGGGCCGACCUGGCGGUGAAGAAGGCCAAGUCGCCGCUCAAGAUCAACCUCACCACGGAGACCGACACGGCCUACUUCUCGUCCGAGUUCACGCGGAUGCCCCUCUCCGACGAGGCCCCCUCGCGGCCCCGCAAGUCGUCGCCCGCCUCCGCCGCGGCGCCGGCCAGCGUCGACAAGCAGUUCGUGGACUGGGACCACGCCGCCCCCACCUCCGACCUCCUCUGA